AUGAAUAUUACUGCCGAAGAAAUGGCAGCCAAGGCGGGCAAGUCUAGGUCCGGAGUCGUGAUUGGAGUAUGUGUUUCGUUGAUGGCUCUGUCAGCUGUCAUGGUCGGGCUACGACUCUGGUGUCGGCGGGAGAGACAGAUGCUAGGGCUUGACGAUGUGACUGCAGUGGUGGCUCUGGCUUGUAUUUUUGGAUGCGGAUCAUCAAUGGUUGCCAUGACGCAUUAUGGAUUGGGCCGCCAUAUCUAUAUAUUAUCCCCUCAGCAGAUAAAGCUAUACCUCCGAUGCUUCUGGUUAUCAAUCCUGUUCUACACCUACGCGCUCUUCGCGAUCAAGUUGACGUUUCUAAUUCACUAUUACCGAAUCAUGUCUAUCUCCAACAUGAGAUGGCUAUACUUGGGCGCACUCGGUUUCAUCAUCGUUUGGGGUACCUUCCAAGGAAUCGGAGUAUUUUUCUUCUGUACCCCAAUCCAAGCUUUCUGGGACUCAGAUGUAAAGGGCCGCUGCAUGCUUUCUCAGCCUACUAUGUGGCUCAUCAGUAGUAUCGUACACAUCGUCACUGACUUUGCAAUCAUCGUCAUGCCUCUACCCAUUAUCUGGAAGCUCCAACUUCCACAACCUCAGAAGAUUUAUCUCACUGGCAUUUUCGGCCUUGGAACACUUACUCUCGCGAUUGCUAUUCUCCGCUUGCAGUGGCUUGACCCAGUUGCAGAUAUGACAUGGUGGAACGUUACAGCAGCGUCAUGGUCCAUGGCAGAGAUCGUGUCUGGAAUAACUUGUGCUUGCCUUCCGACUUUCAAGCCCUUGCUGGUUGGUAUCAAGAACUGGUUUCCCCAGUCGAAUGACGGAGACAGCACCAUCUAUCUUCAGGACCAAGGAAUUGAAGGUCUGGGACUUACUGGGUCAACCUUGGCUGCAUUUGAGGCUCAUGGAGGUGUCGGUACUGGACCGAAAGUACCCACCAAAUACCUCAACUUUUAUUUCACCGAAAGCAUGACAAUCCGCUUGAUUGAAGCCUCAGAAGAGCAUCUUCCUGCCAUAGCUCGUAUCGCAACUUCGGCUUUCCACCCAAACACAGAUGCUCUAUCCCGGCGCUUAUUUCCCCCUCAUCUACAACCGAAGGAUCUCCCUGAUGGGGAGGCCGCGUAUGACUGGCGCUUUGCGCGCAAAGCAUCCAGUCUAGCAUCGUCAGAGUCUCAUCUUGUUGUAGCCAUUGAUGAAGAGGAAGGAAAAGAUGACCAGGUCGUCGGCUUCUCGCUAUGGGACGCCCCUCCUGCUACUGGCGGUGACUCUGGACCUAGCAAGGAGAUACAGUGCACAGCGCUCGAUAGGGAGGCCUACAAUGAGAUGAAAAAGACUGUGAAUCAAGAUGCUGCCGAUACCUUUGGAGACAAGGGAAUCGCUGGAGUCUGGCAUCUCGACUAUAUUGGUGUCAGCCCAGGUAAUCAGAGACGCGGUAUCGGCAAGAUGCUGUUACAGUGGGGUCUUGAUCACGCAGCGGCGGAUGGAAAAGAUUGCUACUUAGUAGCUACUGAAGCAGGUCGGCCUUUAUAUGUGGCAGCGGGCUUCAAGGAUAUUCGCAUUGUAUCAAUUCUUGGCAUUCCUCAUUAUUCGAUGAUUCUGAGAGCUGAUAGUUCGUGA